AUGUUACUGUCUUUGGUUUAUCUAAGCCUUUUGGCGCUACCGUUGUCAGUCCUUGGGCAGCAGAUUCCUGUCGUUGAUGGUGUCAUUGGAGGGGUGCCCAGUGAUGCUAGCAUAGCGAGUGCGGAAGCGGAACCACGACCGUUGCGGGUCGCUGCUACGACUCCGGGGGCACUGCGCGUUGUGGAGAACUCUGGUGUUUGCGAAACUACUCCUGGAGUCCAACAAGCUUCUGGAUAUGGUGAUCUCACUGCGACAGAGAGCAUUUUCUUUUGGUACUUCGCAGCCCGCGAAAACCCCUCUACCGCUCCCCUCGCAUUAUGGUUCAAUGGUGGUCCAGGCUCAUCCUCCAUGAUCGGUCUCCUCCAAGAACUCGGUCCAUGCAGGAUCAACAACGACACUACCACUGUCUCUCUCAACCCUUUUUCAUGGAACAACAACGCCAACACGUUAUUCAUCGACCAACCGGUUGGAGUAGGCUUCAGCAAUGGCGAUCUAAAUGUGGGCACAUCCCAGGAGGCAGCAGCGGAUGUGUGGAAGUUCUUGCAGAUAUUCCUCAAGGAUAAAAGGUUUUCGAAUCUGGUUGGGAGGGAACUGGCGAUUUGGACAGAGUCGUAUGGAGGGCAUUAUGGGCCUACUUUUGCUGCGUAUUUCCUCUCUCAAAACGCGGCGAUCGCCUCUGGAAAGAUAUCUGGGAUCCCGUUGAACUUGAAAGCGUUGGGUGUUGGCGAUGGGUUGACGGACCCUCUGGUGCAAUACCCGGGCUACAUCGCAUACGCUGCUUCAAAUCCUUACCACCCACUCGUAUCGGAAAGCGUCAUCACUCAGGCGAACACUUCGUGGACUCAACACAACGGAUGUCGGGAUCAGAUCACGGCAUGCAAUAACGGAGGCUCUGAUUCCGUAUGUUCCUCUGCACAGUCGUUCUGCAAUAGCAGGAUCCUCGAUCCACUCGUUGGUCCUUUCGAUGUGUACUACAUCCUUGCACGUGAUCCAGACCCUUACCCACCCUCCAUCACCUCAUACCUCAACUCCAUUCGUACACGCGUAGGAGGUGAAGUGACGUGGAGGAGUAGUAACAGUCAGGUGUUCAAUAAUUUUGCGAAGACAGGUGAUUGGAUGAGGAAUUCGAGGCCAGAUCUGGAGACGGUGAUUAACGCCGGGGUCCGUGUUAUUGUAUAUGAUGGAGAUGCAGACUACAUUUUGAAUUUCAAUGGCGUUGAAGCGAUGGUUGACGCCCUCAACACCAAGUUCAGCGCAACAUACAAAACCCAGGUCUUCCAACCUUACACUGUCCAUGGCCAACUCGCGGGACAGUUCAAGAAUGCGGGAACGUUCUCGUAUGUCAGGAUAUAUGGUGCUGGGCAUGAGGUGCCUGCGUACAAGUUUGGUUCGUUGGCCACCGGGGAGGCUGCAUUCCAGAUGUUCUCACAGAUCAUGUCUAACCAGUCGUUGUCUUCUACUUGA